AUGUCCUUACCCAAAUUUGCUAGUUGGAAUGUUAGGGGGUUUAACAGCCCUGACAAAGUCAAUUUUUGUAAGUCUCUGAUUAGCUCUUUUGACCUCAAGAAGUUAUGUGUUUUGGAAGCAAAAAUUUCCUCUGCUUCCUUUGAAGAUCCAUGGUUUUUGCUUUCCCACUGUCUUUUUGAGAACAAAGGUAGUUGCAACAAUUUUGGGGACUCUGCUUUGGGAAGGAUUUGGAUUAAAUGGGAUGCUUCUGUUUUCUCUUUUAAUCUAAUAGCCUCUUCUUCUCAACACAUACAUGGCAUUUUAUCGGUGGCUUCUCAUCCUCCGAUUUAUCUUUCUGUGUUAUAUGCUUCUAACUCCGUGGAAGAGAGAAAAAUCCUGUGGGAACAUAUUACCUCCUCUUCUCCCCCUUUGGACCAACCUUGGGUCAUUUUGGGAGAUUUUAAUUGUUGCAGAUAUGAUACUAAAAAAGUUGGUGGCUCUAUCUCCUCUCCCAGCAUAUUUGGAGAACUCAAUGGCUUCAUCUUUAAUUGUGGGGUGCAAGACCAUUCAUCCAUGGGCCUUUUUUACACAUGGUUUAACCAAAGAGUGGAUAAUCCUAUACACAUUAAACUGGAUAGAGUUCUGGUUAACAAUUCUUUUUUGGAUAUCUUUCCUAAUGCCUACUACAGUGUGGAAUCUCAUCUUGGGUCGGAUCACUCCCCUUUAGUAUUCAACUAUUCUCAUGAAAAGGCUUUAUCUUGGUCUUCUUGGUUAUCACAAAGAGCUAAGGUUCUAUGGCUUACUAAAGGGGAAGAUGAUCUUGGUUUUCUAUUUUCUCACAUAAGAAGUAGAAACAACAAAAAUUCUAUUAAGGAGAUCUCCACUCCUGAGGGCCACUUCACAAAGUUUAAUGAGAUUUCAUCUGCCACAAUCAAUCAUUUUGAGGACUUGUUCAAUACCCCACAUCCUCCCCUUCAAUUACCUUUGAAUAUCCCUCAUGGAAAUCUGAUCCCUCCACACUUUUGUGACAUGUUGGUGGCUCAUUUAACUUUGGAUGAGGUCAAGCUUGCGGUUUUUGAUGGAAAGGAAAACUCAUCACCUGGACCUGACAGUUUCACUUUUGCUUUUUAUAGAAAAUCUUGGUAUCUCAUUGGGUUGCAAGUGUAUAAUGCGGUUUGCAAUUUCUUUCAUUCCGGCUCUCUUCCGAGAGGGGUUAAAGCGACUGCCAUUGCUUUAAUCCCUAAAUGCUCUCAUGCUUCCAACAUCAAUGACUUUAGGCCAAUUUCUCUAUGCAAUGUUAUCUACAAAAUUAUUGGUAAAGUCAUUGCUAACAGGCUUAAAGUGGUUCUCCCUUUCAUCAUUCAUGAAAGUCAAUCGGGUUUCAUUGCCAACAGAUGUUCUACUGAUAACAUUAUUCUUGCUGCUGAAUUACUUAGAGAUUUCAAAGGCCCCAAUAAAAAAUUCUGUGCUAAACUGGAUGUCAAAAAUUUUUUUGACACGGUCUCUAGGGAAUUUAUUAUUGCUAGACUUUUAUAG